AUGCCCGAAUAUAUUCCGUCAACUAGGGAUUGGGUGCGUGAGCAGGUGGAGGCGUAUGAAAGCAGCGGCGGCACCCAGGGGACCACGCUGCGUGAUACCGGCCUCCCCGUAAUCGUCGUUACCAACCGUGGCAACAAGACCGGGGCCAUACGCAAGACCCCGCUCAUGCGCGUCAAAGUCGGCGACGCCUACGUGCUGGUCGGCUCACAGGGUGGCGCCCCGCGCAAUCCGGUCUGGGUGUAUAACCUCCGUCGCGACGCCAACGUCGAAAUCCGGGACGAGACCGACGUGUACACCAUGCAGGUUCGCGAAGUUUCAGACCCGGACGAACGCGCCCGGCUUUGGGCCGCUUCCGUCGAGGCGUUUCCCCCUUACGAAGAAUAUCAGGGCCGUACCUCAAGAAAGAUACCGGUUUUCGUCGCCGAAACCGCGUAA